UCUUCAACCCCAUCAUCUCUUAUCUUCCAUCAUAAAAAGUUAAACUCUUUUUCUCCUUUGAAUUGAAACCCACACCCAUCUGCUUAUCUUACUUUCAUUUUAAGUUUUAUUCACCCAAACCAAACCUUCCCAGCAUUGAUUAUUGAUUUGUUUAUGUGUAUAUACUGCAAAUCAAAUUAUUAGGUGUCUUUUCUCACUUUUUUAUAUUUUAUUUUUCUAAAUUAAAAGUAAUUAAUUACUAUUCUUGAUAUUUAAUUAUUGUUAUCAAUAUUCUUGAGGAGUUGGGUAUAUAUAAAUGGAUGGCAUAGCUGGCCAUACAAGUUGGAAUGGUUCCAUGUCUUGGUCAGGUUCAGAUCACACCACAUUUCUUUCUUCUUCCAUUGCUAGCUAUCUUGAUAGAAAAAUUCUUGUGCUGUUGAGAGAUGGCAGGAAGCUGUUUGGGACAUUCCGGUCGUUUGAUCAAUAUGCAAAUGUUGUGUUAGAAGGUGUUUGUGAGAGGGUGAUUGUUGGGAAUCUGUACAGUGACAUUCCCUUGGGACUGUACAUAGUUCGUGGAGAAAAUGUUGUCUUGAUUGGAGAACUGGGAUCAUCAGAGGAGGAGCUUCCACAGCAUAUGAUUCACGUCUCAGCGACGGAAAUCAGGAGGGCACAGAGAGCAGAAAAGGAAGCUGCAGAUUUGAAGGGAAGCAUGAGAAGGAGAAUGGAGUUUCUUGAUUUUGAUUGAUGAAGUAAUAGUGUCUGUGGCUCUAAGGAUUGAGCAUAUUAGUUGUACAGGAGCAGGGAUAUGAUGUCUAACCUCACCUUCAAUGAAGUCCAUGUAUUUUUUGCUGCCAACCAAUCAUGGAAGUAUGAUGAUUGCUCUAUUGUUCAAACUCCUAACUUGUGAUUAAUAAUGUUUAGUGAGUGUAAUAAGAUUCCUACCUUGAUGUUGCAUAGAAUUGUUUGACCCUCUGGAAGUCUCACAAUUUCUCAUCA